AUGCGGCGCCAUGGCAGGUCCGGCGGAGGCUCGACCAAAGCCCUCGCGCCGGUGUCUGAUACGGUCUCGUUAAUUCAUUCAUUCGACUCGGUCAUGAAUCCCAAUCGCCCGGUCCGCCCUUCUCCCUUGGCCUUCUCACAUAUUCAAGCUCUCCCGCUGGAUCUGGUCGACCGAUUGCGCUCUUUCCCAUUGUUCCAAUCUACUCCGGAGUCCUUUUUGAAUGCGGUGGGACAGCAUCUGCGCCCCCAACUUCAUCAGGCCAAUGAUUAUAUCUUGACGGAAGGGGACGAGGCCAAGGCCAUAUAUUGGCUGGUCCGGGGCGCAGUUUCCGUUACUUCCCGCGAUGGCGAGAGUGUAUAUGUAGAUCUUGAACCAGGCGCAUUCUUUGGCGAAAUAGGCGUGCUGAUGGAUCGCCCGCGGACCGCUACCAUUAUCGCUCGCUCCAGAUGUCUGCUGAUCGUCUUAACGAAGGAAGACUUCAGAAAUAUCCUUCCUCACUUCCCAGAUGUGGAGCAAGCCAUCCGAGAUGAAGCUCAAGAAAGACUGAUGCUCUUGGAAAAGAAGAAGAAGGAGACAUCCGCGCCUCCAGUGGAUGAUAUUGUAUCUCGCAGAGGAAACAAACGGCUGAGAGAAACCUUUUCUAAAGACAUGUCUCUUGCGGAGCAAGAGGGCACGGCGUUAAAAUGGAAGUCAGUCAACAAGAAACGCAAAUCCCCCAGUCCUGGAUUAGCGGAUGGAGUUGCUUCUAGCGCACUCGCUAACGGGCUUGUUAAUGUGCGUCUUUUACUCAAGGAACUACCUCUGUUCGCCGGUCUUCCAGGGGAAAUCCUUCAUUUCUUAGGCCUUAACGCCCAACCCCGGUCAUAUCCUCCUUUCACAGACAUUAUCAAGCAGGACUCCCAAGGGCGGGAGAUCUACUUUAUCGUUCGCGGCGAAGUUGAAGUAUUGACUGAACGUACACACUCAGAGGAUGGCUCACACUCCGUGCCGAACACCAUUGAACACCCAGGCUUUGAAGUAAAAGCGCGGCUAAAAGCGGGACAGUACUUUGGCGAGGUUGUAAGUCUUUCUCUGGCGCCACGCAGGACUGCAACGGUGCGUACUAUCAACGCGGUCGAGUGCCUUAUGAUUAGCGGUGAUGUCCUUGCCGAGUUUUGGGAGAAGUGCCCCCAGGAUGUUCGGCAACAGGUGGAGAAAACUGCGAAAGAGCGGCUGCAAUCGGCAGCCGAUGGUGAUGUUGUAAUGUCUGAAGCGGAUGACGUUGGACAAUUUGUUGGAGAUAGCAACUUUAAAAUCAGCGCAUCGCGACGCCGGUCGAUGCCCCUCCUCACACUCACGGAAACAGAACUGGAUGGUCCGCACACCAACAAGGCGGACGACCAAGCCGUAUUACGUCCCUCGGACCCAGAUCCAUUUCUCAAUGUCGGCUUAGACAAGGUCCGACUGAAAAGUAGACGCGGAUCCGUCGCUCCGUUGACACCAGAGGAGGUCUCUGGGGAACAACAACGGCCGUCACCAUCUGAACCACGCUCGACAAGCUCGUCGUUCCUCACACUGCCUGAGGCCGCUGUAUCGACAACCCUAAAAACGCAGCGCGAGUCGCACAAAGUGAACCGCGGCGUUCUUCCUGAUAAUAUCUUGGUGAGAAUUUUCAACCAUCUAGAACUUCAUCAUCUUUUCCGAGUACGAGCGGUCUCCCUUCAUUGGUCAGAGAUCAUCAAUACAUCCACAGAUUUGCUGCAUGAUCUGGACCUAAGCAUGUAUAAUCGACAAAUAACCGAUGACGUGUUAGUGAAAAUCAUAUGUCCAUUCGUUGGGAAUAGGCCCCGCUAUGUUGAUAUUAGCAAUUGCUUUCACAUCACCGAUGAGGGAUUCAAUAAAUUGGCUGCCACAUGCGGUUCCAAUGUCGUCGCGUGGAAGAUGAAAAGUGUUUGGGACGUCACUGCAUCCGCCAUCCUUGACAUGGCGAGCACGGCAAAUGGAUUACAAGAGGUGGACUUGAGCAACUGCCGGAAAGUCGGGGACACACUCUUGGCUCGGAUUAUUGGUUGGGUCAUGCCUGGACAACACAAAGAUGAGCCUGUGAAGACGAGUAAAGGGGUUCUUAAGCCCACCAUGCAAACCGCAGCUGGUGCUGUGUUCGGCUGCCCCAAGCUGACGAAAUUGACGCUGUCAUACUGCAAACACGUCACCGACCGGUCGAUGCACCAUAUUGCGUCCCAUGCUGCUCACAGGAUUGAACAAAUGGACCUGACGCGCUGUACCUCCAUCACGGAUCAAGGAUUUCAGUAUUGGGGGAAUGUGCGAUUCACCAAUCUGCGGAAGCUUUGUUUGGCCGACUGCACUUAUUUGACCGACCAAGCGAUUGUCUAUUUGACUAAUGCUGCUAAGCAGCUACAGGAAUUGGAUCUGGUAAGGCUCGUUUUGUUGCGCAUUAUCAGAUACAGCAACAGAGGUCCUUGCUCUUCAGUGUUCUCAGUUGACUUAUUUGAAUAUGUCCUUCUGUGGUUCUGCAAUCUCCGACCUUCCCUGCGCAGCAUUGGCCUUCAUCUCUUGCACCUGAAUCGACUAUCAGUUCGUGGCUGCGUUCGAGUCACGGGCGCGGGGGUAGAGGCAGUGGCUGACGGCUGUAACCAGUUGGAGUCAUUUGAUGUCAGCCAGUGCAAGAAUCUCACACCCUGGCUCGAAGAUGGCGGACAUUCGAAAUAUCAGAACAGAAUUAGUUUUGAGACAGUGGCUCAAAAUGGUAAAGUAUUUCGAUGA